AUGAAAGGGUUAGGAGGCAAUCGAAGCCGUCACCUUUCUGACAACUGCGAUCCUACAAAUGACCAAAUGUACCCAAGCUCUACCCCGGAAAGGAAUCCCUACCUGCUCAGUCCAGCAGCCUCGUAUCAAAUGGAGCAUCACCGCUUCCCAGCUUCCAGCGCCAUACAGGGGGACUGCCUCCUCCCCUUAAACAAUCAGAUUGCCAGCAGCACCUUCCCCAGGAUCCACUACAACUCGCACUUUGACCUGCAAGAUGAGUGUGGUUUCACCCCAAAUACUUCCACAAGCAAAAUUAAUCGCAUUCCUGCUAACCUGCUGGACCAGUUUGAGAAGCAGCUGCCUAUUCACAGGGAUGGAUUCCACACACUGCAGUUCCAGAGGGGUGACAACAAACACCGGAGUGAAAGUCCAGGUCGGAUACGCCACCUCAUGCACUCCGUGCAAAAGCUCUUUGCGAAAUCUCAGUCCCUUGAGGCUACCGGCAAAGGAAGUAUGAAUGGGAGCAAAUAUGGCUCGGAGGACUCCAAGCAGAGCAAGAGAAGCAAGAGCAAGGACCGAAAAUUGGAAUCAAAACGCAGAACAAGAACAAACAUUUCAGGCUGGUGGAGUUCAGACGAUAACCUGGAUAGUGACAACUGCAACUACCGGAAUCCAAUGAGUUUAAUGACACUUGGGAGGCGCACUGAUCACGGACCUGCCAAAUACUUCAUGAAUGCAUAUAACACAAUCAGUGAACAUACCCUUAAAGCUUCAAAGAGCAAUAAUGACUUGAAAUGUUCACCAUGUGUGAAUAUACCAAUAAAUGCUGACUCAAAGUACAUAAAGAGGGGUUCCUGGUCCACACUAACCCUAAGCCAGACUCGAGAAGUUUGCCAAAAAUCAUCUGCAACUAUGGACAAAGCACUAUUGAAAUCCAAGUCAUAUCAUCAUGAUCUUGCUUCUCAGUACUUGAAGGUCCCUCUCCACGAAGACUGGAAUAGCACUCUUUCCCGUGGAAAAGUGGGGGAAAUUCCCUGUCGACGAAUGCGUAGCGGCAGCUACAUAAAGGCAAUGGGAGAUGAUGACAGUGAAGACUCUGAAAUGAGCCCUAAGCCAUCCCCAAAGACUGCAGCAAGACGUCAAAGCUAUCUCAAGGCCACACAGCAAUCACUCAGUGAGCAGAUCAAAAUUAGUAUUAGUAAAGAGCAUUCUCCAAAGAGACAAUUGAGACACCUUUUCCACAGCUAUCUUGCAUCAGUGAGUGAGUCCAUCCACAGGAGUCUUGAUUGCCUGGAUACAGCAGAACUGAAUUCACCCAGCUUUCAUGGAUGGAAUGAGGACUACAUGGGAAGCUCAGAUACCCUCAACCAAGUCAAAGAAAUGGAUUUCAACAAUCAGUAUGAAAAUAUCUGCGAGUCUGUCUUCAGUGAGGUAGACUCGCAGGCAGUGGAUGCCCUGGACCUGCCCAUACCUGGCUGCUUCCGUUCAAGAAGUCACAGCUAUCUAAGAGCUAUCCAGGCUGGCUGUUCUCAGGAUGAUGACAAUGUAUCCGUCCGCUCGGUGUCUCCUCCACCUAUAGCAACCACAGUUAGAACCAUGCAAACCAACACCAUGUCAUCGUGCAUAACCACUUAUAAGAAGACUCCUCCACCAGUUCCACCAAGAACCACAUCUAAACCAUUUAUUUCAGUUACAGUCCAGAGCAGCACAGAAUCGGCACAAGACACAUACCUCGACAAUCAGGACCACAAGAGUGAUCUAAACAGUCAGUCCGGUCUCAGCAAUUCUUCGGAUAGCUUGGAUAGUGCCAGGGCUCUGAAUACUACUAAAACAGGAAGCAUCAGUGCUCCAGUUCGUGAACAGUUAGACAACCAAAACCAACACAGAAAUGCUACAGUGACAACUGAGAAGGGACCACUCGUUACUGAGGACCCAAAGGUGGAACCUCCUCCGAAAAGGAAGCUCUCUUCUAUAGGGAUACAGGUUGACUGUUCCCAGAACUUAAUUAAGGAACAAGAUUCUCAACUUAUCAACAAAUUCCAGUCUAUUGGAAUACAAGUGGAAGACGAGUGGCACUUAAGCCGCUCCAGCAGCAUGACGUCAAAACAAGAAACCGACUCUGAUACACAGGAAUGUAGUAAUUCUACUGCAGGAUCCCAGGACAAAAGCAAUCAGCUUUCGGAUUCAACUCAGCAUCACAGCACCUCAAACCCUGAACCUUCGGUACGGCAGCAUGCUAAAAGCUCCCAGACAAAAAAUAAGGCUUUUGCUUAUGGAGAUAACUUAGAUCCAGCUCUAGAUCCAUCCUCUUUACCACCGCCGGAGCCAUGGUUAGAAUCUACUAACAAUCUUCCUGUUGAACCAGUACAUGCUACUUCAUGUCGUCGGGAUGGUUACUGGUUCUUGAAACUGUUGCAAGCAGAGAAAGAAAGAAUGGAAGGAUGGUGUCAUCAAAUGGAGAAAGAAACCAAAGAAAAUAACCUAUCUGAAGAAGUCCUAGGAAAAAUCCGGAGUGCAGUAGGAAGUGCACAGCUUUUGAUGUCUCAGAAAUUGCAGCAGUUCCAUGGUCUCUGCGAACAAAAUCUGAACCAAAAUGCAAACCCACGACCGACUGCACAAGAUUUAGCUGGCUUUUGGGAUAUGCUGCAGCUUUCUAUUGAAGACAUCAGCUUGAAGUUUGAUGAACUUUAUCAUCUUAAAACUAAUGACUGGCAACUAGUUGAAAUGCCAGAAAAGAAGGAAGAGAAAAAGCUGCCCCCUCCCGUGCCAAAGAAACCAGCAAAAGCCAAGACUCCUUUAAAUCGUGAGAAACUAACCGAUUCAGCAGACAAGCAGCGCCAGGAAGCUCGUAAGCGAUUAAUGGCAGCUAAGCGAGCUGCAUCUGUACGACAGAACUCUGCAACAGAGAGCGCAGAUAGUAUUGAGAUAUAUGUUCCUGAAGCACAGACCCGGCUGUGAAUUGGAGUAGAUCUUUUGUAUACAUUUUGGGCUAAUUUUAAAACUUCAGUCUGUGCUAUUCUACAAGCAACGUUUAGCAUCAAGUAAUACAAUGCAAUGUUUAUUAGUAUAAAUGGCAUUGCUAUUCAACAGAAGACUAUUAAAACCCUUUCUUUCUAAAUGUUAAAUCUGAUCUCAUCAGUGUGUAUAUUGGUUGCCAUGCUUCUCUAUCAUUUGCAUGGCUUUGUCUUAUCCAUCACAGUCAAUUUUUCUGUACAGUUAUCAAAUUGCUUUGUGUAUCAUUCAUGCCUCAAUAGCAAAUGGUGUUUUCUCUAGCGUAUACAGGAAAAGGACUGGAAAAAGUACAUCAACAAUUCUUCAUUAAUUUAACUGUUGAAAAUUUGAAGGAAGAUGAAGUUUCUUUGAAUAACAAAACCUGAGCUCAAUUUUAUUGGGUUGUUGCUACUUUUGUUCUAAGGAAUGUGUUCAAGUAGUUCACCUGCAAAAAUGAUAGCUUUUCAGAAUAUGCUUCCAAUGGCUCUGUAAAUUUGGAGUGCUGCUGUAAAAUGAUGUAAAACCCCUCUACCAUUCAGUAGAGCAAAGCAAUAGAGCAUUUCAAUGUUCUCACAUUUUUUCAAAUGUACAGAAGUGACACAAAUUAUUCAGAACCAUUUUAUGAAACAAGCACAUACAACAAAAAAGGUUUUAUCAAAACUGAUCUGGUAAUAACCUUUUAAGAUGUGUUCUUGGAUUUUGCAGCCAAAAUUUUAAAGUAUUUGUCUCAUUUGUUAUGAUUACUUCCUGAAUCUAGUAGUAGCUUAAAGUGGUUGUUUAUAUGUAGAUAACUAGUUAAGAUUUUAAGCAUUCAGAUGAAGAUAAAUUAUGGAGAGAACCAUUAAGUGUUUUGAUUGACUUAAGAAUCCUGUUAGGUGCAAGUGUCCUGUUCAAAAAAAAGUUGGUGAACAUUCAUAAAAACGUGAAAGAAGCACUACCUAAUAGCUUUUGUCCAAAUAUACUUUCUAUUGUGUAGUGGUCUCCAUUAUUUCAUCUCCGUGUUGCACAGUGUCGUGUUUAGAAGAUUGCCAAAUGUUUGUCAACCAUGUUCUCAUUCUGUUUCUUUUAAUGGCUUUUAGUAGAAGAAAUAAUUAACUUUUGAACAUUCAAAAUGCCAUUACUUAAACAUUAAACCCAUGAACAAAAGAUUUUAAUUUCAAAGAUUCACUAUUUAAAAUCUUGUUUGGUUAUAAUGCAACUAUGGUAAACCUGUAUUUGUUGCUUUGAACGAUUACUCAUGCUUUUUUCCAUCUGAGGAAUUGAUUAUCUGCAUUUGUGCCCAAGUUUAAAUGCAUUAGGACAAGAUCACAUUUUACUAGAGAUGAUGAGAUUUGUUACUCAUCACUGAACUAUCAUUGGUGGACUGUUUUUUAAAAAAUAUUUUCCAUAAAGAGAUGUCUGGGGGCAAAGUUGCCUUCUAGCUUGAGUUUCUUUGUGAUGGUCUUUCUUUUAUAGGAGUGAUGGUACUUUCAGUUAAAGUAUAUAUCCAUAGAGUACCAUAAUUUCACAAAGAUAAUGCUCACUAUAAUUUUCUAUCUAUCAAAAAUAUCCCCAGAAUGCUGUAUCUAGCUCUGUGCCUCCUGACUCAGAUGUCUCUAACAUAAAGAUAGCUGUUGCACCAAUUCACAAUCACAUGCCUCAUCUCUGCUCUGAUAAGACUUAGCUAGCUUGGGUACCCAAUUUAUAUGAACCUAUGAUAGUGCAGAAGAAACUAAACAGCUGGCAUUUUGCUGUAUUGAAGAAUAUCAAAGGAGUGGAUCAAUCAUUUUAGAACAGCAUUUUACUGUUAUUAAGAUGCUUCACAUUCCACAAUACAUGGGGCUAUACAUGAAAAUGAUUAAAUACAAAUAAUUCCUAAUUUACAUAACUGUACUAUCAAGGUAAUAUUUUUGUUGGUCUGCUUUAAUUGUAUUCAAUAGAAGUAUGUGAUACUCAAACAUUGUGUAUAAUCUGAAGUAAGAGAUCACAGUGAAUGUAAAUGACACAUCUUAAUUUGAAAAAAAAUGUAACUUUGUAACUACAACCCAGAAUGAACUUUUCGGAAAGGCUUUGGCAACUGAGUUUGUGGGUACUGGGUGAUGUUGGUUGCGACACUUCCUUUUACCUUUGGUUUUAUUGUACCUACAAUAGUGGGAUGAAAGUAUAGUCUAUUUAACCAUUGUUGAUGGUUCUAAGUGAAAUGUUUAGCUGGUCUCGGUAUGAAAGUUAAUCUUAAAUAUACACCAAUUUAAUUGGUGCCUUUAAUGAGUCUAUAAGCUGACAAUGAAGAGGAAAUUCUGUAAAAUAGUAUAUAAUCUUUUGUUUCUUACUAUUGGCCAUCAGGAAGUACUAAGGAAAGAAGAUUGCACAUUGAAGAAGUUGAGCCACUUAAGAUUUGGGUUCUUGCAUACUAUUAGGACAAAGUCAAAGGAACUAUAGUGUCUCUAUGAUCUGGAAUUGCCUGAUGCUGUAACUGAAUUACAAAGUCUGAAAGUCUUCCAUUUCCCAGCAUCAAUAUGCCUGAACUUGAGCACAAGAAGUUGCAAAGCUUAUAUUUGCCUCAAGUAGUACAGUUUUGGUAGACCAGCAAAAAGAGGUACAGCCUUUAACCUAGACUGCAUUUCCUUUUUUAACUGGUGCUUUAUGCUUUUCAAUCACUCACUUUCUUCCCCCACUCCACCCACUUCCACUGCAGAACAGAAGACAUUUUCACAUGAUACUCAUGUAACACAUGAACUGUGGCAGUUCAAGGAGGCAGACAUCUCAAGGGCAUUAGGGAUGGGCAACAAAUAUUGGCCUCACCUGUGAUGCCAGCAUCCCCAAUGAAUGAUUUUUUUAAGAAGUAAUAAACUAUUUGACACGUGCAAUCCUAUUAAACAAGUUUAGAUGAAAGGCCAAAAACAUGCCUCCAAUCAGACUUUCAAGUAAAAAAUAAGAAUAAUAGGUGUUAUCAAAGUCCAGACACUAUCCUGAUUUGAUUCAUACUUUUCAAUGUGUUUUGAUUCAAUGCAAGCAAGAAAGGCUUGUAAGUUAUCUCAGCCUUUGUGUUAGUUACAAUGGAUAUUAAUUUCAGAUUGCAGUAUGUUCAGCAUAAGCACUUUAUUUUAAUAUGACAAUUAUUGCUGCAAAUACAACAUCAUUGUAAUGCAAUUAAGUCAGCAUUGUCAAGCCUAGGCAGUUCACAACUUUUUUUGAAGUGUUCUGCUGUACAUUUUCAACAAGAUGCACAGUAAGGACUUUCCACAAUAAGCAUAAGGGCUAACCGAUGAAUUGCUGAGUAUGUUUUUAUGAGGAGUGUUUGUAAAUAAUACUGCUGAUAAACGUUGUGCAUUAGAUGUCCGAGGACCAGACUUUGCAGCACACUUUAAUGUUUUAAAACUGAAUAUCGUAUUAUUUAAAUUCAUUAUACUUCAAAUUGUAAGAGCAUGAAAUAGGCAUUCCCAGAGGAAGGUACCAUUUAGAAUUUUCUAUCAACACCUGAGAAGCAAAAUUUCUGUAUCAUGAUAAAAUUUCUAUAAAAAUUUGUGGUCUAGGCUGCAAUUUUUGUUAUGCUA